GUAGCUUUAGUUACCAGUGCCCUAACCCACUUUUUUUGUAGCCUUGUUGUUUCUUUCUUUUCCGUUUUCUCUUUCUUUUCAGCGAAAGAUGGCUACAAUUGUAAGUCAGAUCGAGGAUGUUGAAAAUAACAUAAGAGGGUGUGAAAAUGAACUGGACAUGAUUGACAGAAGUCUUCGUUUAAAGAAAAUGUCAGAUGGUGAAAGGGAUGAAUUAGUGAACAAACAAAAGCAAUUAAAAGAAGAGAUCAAAGAACAUGAGAAAUUCUUAGGAACUCUACGUAAAGAAAACAGAAAAUCCAUGGUCAUGUCGGUGGCAAUCCUUGCACUCUUUGUUCUUGGAUACCUACUAAUAUGUAGCUGAACCUUAUUGAUACAAAAUAAAAACCCUGUACAUAUAUAGAAAACUGAAUUUUAUCAUACAGAGAGAUUAAAAACAUUGAAUGCUCUGAAUGUUCAGCUGUUUCUGUGUAAUUAUAUUUUAGAUCCACUUUCAGCUCUCUCUGACUUUUGAAUUAAAUGUCAAAACAUG